CACACAUGCCAGUGUCCGCCAGAGAAAUCGAGCUACCUAGGUAGUAGUGGAUACCUGAGAAACUUUUGCUCUGCAGCGUGGUUUUGCGCACAGAUAGUUAAACCUAACAGCUCAACGAUAAGCGUGGACACAUCGCAAGGCCUUGAGAUCACUGUUAUAAGAGAAAAAGAGGGGCAGUCCGUGUAGGAUGUCUCCGUCUACGACAAUCAUUUAUCAAACCCUGUUCUGUUACUUCUGUAUCAAGGGGUGGGUGGUGCGUGAGGGCGGUCAGGAAAACAAAAGUUGCUUCUUCGUUUCGUCGUACCUGGGUUUGUCCAUCCUGAGCAAGUUCCGACUUUCUCCAUCCGCAUUGAAAUCCAUCUCUCCAUAUGAGGACAAGAAAGUUGUUGGCAAACUAGCAUUCUUCUUGUGGGUCAGGUGUCCGGGGCCGCAAGAAGAAAAACGAUGUAUAUGCGUGGGAAAAAAAAGCUGGGAUCUAAACUUUUGUUGCCCUGGUCAAGCAAGUUACGUGAGGACGAAGCUGAAACUAAUGUGCGAUGGAAAGCAAAACAUUCAAGCCAAGGAAAUCCGUAGCGCGCGCUGUAACCGCUUCGUAAUCGAAGAAUGCAUGAUGCCGGUGAUAGGAGACCACCCCACCACCGCAAAGAAAGGAUGGGGCCGGGGCAAAUUACCCACCCUGCCACUGUCAAAUUUUGGAUAUUGAGGGGGGCUGGAGUCCUUUUUUUAACUAUGGAUUUAGCUAAAGGUUGCUGGGAAGAAUAGCCAGCUGCAAGCUGCAGCCGAUAUUUAGGGGGGUUCUAGCCCCCAACUAGGGAACCACGCUAGGCUAGGCAUUCUUCUUUACAAACUGUGCCCAGAGGGCCAGAGUUAGGCGUCGUUAGGCGUGCGUGGGCGUCGCUCGGCGAAGUCGGUGCUCGCCUUCAAGGAUAAGUUAGGAAUAAAAUACUGCGUACGUUUUUGUUCCUGCUUCUGCGGGGGCAAUAAUUCGUCCCAUGUCCAAGGAGAGCGGUACCACGGUACCAGCACCCAGCCGUUGGUGAUCGAUUUGCUCAUUCUUCGCUUCGAGACCUAGAACAUAUUCCAAUGUUCUCAAUCUUACCAACGGAAGGCUUCAUAGUUAGCCCUGAGUGGUAGGGGUGGUUGGGUGUUAAAUGAGAGAUCCCGGUGAUGUAACUAUGUACAGCACUUUUAUGCACAUUUUCUUAUCACAAGUCAGCCGUUUUGUCUGAAUAUUAUUCUAUUUUUUCCACCUAUUUAUUAUUCAAAAACAACUUUGCAGGAGGGGCUCUCAGCUCCCAAGAGCAGUCCAGUCCAGUCCAGUCCGCUGUGAGAAAUCCGCCCAAGCACCUGGCACGGGCGAAGUACGCUGUAUGAUCCUCACCUUUAGCUUCAUUUUCGACUGAUAUCCAAGGCAUAAAGGGGCUGCCUUCUGAGCUCAUGUUUAUCAUGGCUCACCGCUCAGCAUUUUGGCUCUUUGGGGAAUCAGGUUCAUGAUUUCGAAGAUUAUUUAUUUUGUAGUUACACCUGACACAAAGAAGCCAAUGAAAGGAACAGCUGUGAUGUUCUCUCCUUGAAUAGCAAUAGAAUUAUGAAGAAAGCCUGCACUUACAUGCGAUUUGACAUGAUACGCAACCAGUGUGAUUCUGAGGAUUGAAAGAUGGAGGAGAGUGUGUCUGUUAUUAUGAUUCAUCAGCAGAAUCUUCAAAAAUCUAGCCUGUGGUUUAUGCACAAUAAUACAUACAUAUCACUUGCAUACACCUCGCCGCGAUAGGUUUAGUGUUGGCCGCAAUUCUCAGAAGUUGCGUCGAUUGGGAGACGGAUAUGUUGUUUCAAGUAGCCCUUGGCUUCCCGUGUGGACCCAUUUAGCAAAAAUAAUCAAAAUGAUAAGGGAAUGGAAUGGUUGAAGUAGAGGCAUCAGUUUGUUCGUGGAAUCAUGGUUAUCAUCCGUAAAGCGUAUUCGUAUCGAACAAUCCAUCCAUCCCUCCUCCACACAUUAGUGACGACGAUUCAAGUAUCAUUUAAUAUUCAUCACCAUGGCCCCAGUGAUCCCAACCAAAUGCUAAAAGACAACUUCUCCACUAUGCUAUGCACCAUUACAUUACUCCGUAGUUAGCGGAGCUUGAUAGGCAUAUCAUAUCAAGACGCCACAAUGCGGGUGGGUUGUUUUCU